AUGGCUGAAUUUAUUUUAAGUAGUCGAAACAAUCAUCAGUUACUACUUCUUGAUUUUUACUUAUUUCAAAAGGAAAAAACAUCUAACCAAAUAACCUAUUGGAGAUGUAUUCAAUUCAAUGUGGACGAAUGCAGUGGACGUGCAAGAACUAAGAACGGAAUCCCUAUAUUCCACAAUCAUAAACAACCAGACAUUGCAGAUAUUGAAGCAAGAAGAGAGCUAAAUAGAAUUAAACAAGUGGCUUCUAGUUCCCAAUCUCUGCCCAAUAAUAUAAUAGCCGAUAUAUCUAGCAAUAUAUCCAUAGCCGCCACUGGGAAAAUGUCCAGUUGUUCCUUAAUUAAAAGGACAAUUCAAAGGAAAAGACGCCAAGUAGGAAGAGCGCCUGCCGUUCCUGUAAGCCUGAUUGACUUGGUCAUACCAAUCGAAUAUCAAUUAUCCAAUAAUAAUGAACAAUUUUUACUUUAUGAUAGUGGUCAUCAUGAUCACCGAUGCAUAAUAUUUUCUACCAUUAAAAAUUUACAAUUUUUAUCAACAUGCGAUAAAUGGUAUGCAGAUGGCACAUUCAAAACAUGCCCCCCUCUCUUCCAGCAAAUAUACACCAUCCACGGGAUGAAACAUAAAACCAUUAUUCCCGCUAUUUAUGUUCUGAUGGCAUCACGUCGCCAACAAGAUUACCUUAAUAUUUUCAAUCAAAUUAAAAAUUUCCAAAUUUUUUUAAAUCCAAAAGUUAUUAUAAUUGAUUUUGAAUUAGCAGCCUUAUCUGCUUUUAAACAGUCAUUUCCAAUGACUGCAAUGCGCGGGUGUCUGUUCCAUAUGUCGCAAUGCAUAUGGCGCACGGUCCAGAAAAAUCCCCGCAUUUGCAAUGCAUACAAAAGCGAAACUAAUUUUGCUAUGUAUAUAAAGAUGCUAAUGUCACUGGCAUAUGUCCCAGUUGAGGACGUAAUUCACGGAUUUGAGGAAUUAUGUGCCUCCAUAUUCUAUCAAGAAAAUAGGGCUAUUCUCGCCCCCUUGAUAGAAUAUUUUGAAGAGACAUGGAUUGGGAAAAUGAUAGCGAUGGAGAGUAGGUCUCCAAUAUUUGGUAUUUCCCUAUGGAAUUGUUAUGAAUCGACACUAGCUAGUGAACCGAAUACAAAUAAUUCUGUAGAGGGCUGGCAUCGGAGUUUUUCUUCUCAUAUAAGUUCCCAUCAUCCAACGAUCUGGAAAUUUAUAAAGACUCUCAAAGACGAAGAUAGCCUUAAUAGUUACAAAUUGGAACAAUAUUCUUUAGGACUAUUAGCUCCAGUGUCAAAGAAAGAAUAUCGAGAAAGAUCCAAAAGGAUUCUUCUAAUUGUUGAAGAUUUCCAUUCAAGAACCAUGAUGGAUUAUUUAAGGGCUUUAUCCCACAAUUUAAAUUUAAAUGUUUAA